GUAAUAAAACAGUUAAAAAAAAUUCCUUUUGCAGCCUAGAACAGACUUUUUUUGGUACUUGCACUUUUCUAAGAGUAUCCUCUGUGAUCUAAGAUACGGUACAUGGUAUGGUUUUGUUGUGUAUAGUUGAAAUCGUUCAGUUUACAUGGAGACUUACGACAUCCCUGAAUCAGCUUUAAACAGGAAGUGUGUUGAAUUAGUCAGAAGUUGGAGUUGGAACAUCCAAAAAGAACUUGAAAUCAUGUCCUCCAACAACAUGUUUGGGAACAGCAUACUGUUCCAGUCAAUCACAGAAGACCUGAAUGCCUCUUUGGCGACGGCGGAUGAGUUGUCCCGUGAGUUUAAUUCACUUCUGCAGGAUUUCUCAUCUAGCGGCCCUGAAAGCUCUACAUCACAGAGCUCCAGCACACGACCAAUGAACACCACCAACUCCACUUUCCAGACUGUCAACAAUACCACACCGACGAGCGCCAGUGGCAGUUUUUCCACAGCCAAUACCAGCAGUGAUGCAGGUGGAAGUGCCAUGAAUAGAGGCACCAUAUCUUUCCCCCCAAGCACACCGUCCAUCAGAGUUUCAGAGCCCAGCACUCGUUCAUCAGACUCUUUCUUUACCAGCGGUAGAAACCUCCCGUCUGCUCCAAACACCCAGGUCUAUCAGUAUGCACCUACUCAAGCUCGGAGCACUCGCGUCGAGCCUGUCUACUCUCACGGAAGCCUGACACCCCCAAAUCAGUCCCCGCGUACUCAACGUCGGGCUUCGCCAAACCCUGCCAGGUCACAUGAGCGGAACUUGAGCGGCUCAUUCACCUUCCCAGAGCUCUCACCUAGUUUCAAGUAUGAGCAACCGUCUAUGUCUUUGUCCAGCAUGAGGCAAAUCCCAAAUAGUCCAUUGGUCAUGCACGAUUCACCCACAACUGGUCGUAGAUCACCCAGGCUGGACAGAGCUCCUUCUCCCGGACCUUUCGGCCAACCGAUGUCAAACACGUUGCCACGCAAUUUCACUCCAUUUAAAACAGAUGAGGGAUUAGCGAGAGUUCAGAGCAGCCCGUCAAAGUGGAACGAGACAGACCUGGAUGUUUCGUAUGAAAGGAAACCGCACCACACGUAUGACAAGAAUGAGUGGAUCAGGCAAACUGUUUCCAACAGCAAUUGGAGAGAAUCAAACCUGGACUCGCCCUCUGCACCUCGAAAGGACACUCUGCCUCGUCAUCUCCCAUCAGCCAACGGCUCCUUGCCCAGAAACCUUACCCGUGUCUCUGUGCCCCCUGAUCGUGCUACAGCUACACAAUCAUCUUUAAACGCUCAACCAAUCAUCUCCCGCGUCUCAGUUCCUCCUGCAUCACCUGGGCUCCGCCCACAUAGGCCCAUCCCCCUGUCUGUCAUCAUGAGACUCCAGAACCCAUACUAUGCAGCAGCUACCAGAUAUCCACGUGGCACAGAGGGCGAACAAAAUAUCAGCAUGCCACGCCAGCCUAUGACUCUUCCUCGAGAGUUACUUUACCACUUUCAGCCUGUCCCUCAAGAGCAGAGACCUCCGGCCUAUUACGCAGAAGUCCCAAAGACAACCUACGUGGAGCAGGUAAAAAUCAACUCACAAAAUAAGCAGUCUGUGUCCUCAGAAAGCCCGGCGGCCUCAAUCGAGGAAAACAAAGAGCCCAAAGUAGAGGUGAACACUGACGAUCCUGAGCCGGAAGUGCCCCCUAGGCCCCUGAGCCCCACUCGCUUGCAGCCAGUGGUGGCCCCGGAGGCUCCCGUGGUCCCUGAUAUGGACGUGUUGCUUCAGAUCCGUGCUGAGAUUCCACGUGCUCUGAAGAAACGUGGCUCUAUCGACCAUUCACAGAGCAUGAAGACUAUGUCCCUGCUUCAGCCCAACCAGUACAAGCAGAUGAUUAAAAAAAUGUUCCGCAGGAAAGGGCCUCAAACAAAGGGCGAGACGGGGAGCGAGAGCAGCUCCUCAGAUGGAGAGGAGAGCGCACCGUCAACACCGAGCCCAACGUCACCCAUCACAAACCCGGCUUUGUCAAUCCAGCAGAAGCAGGGUCUACACUCGAUUCUGCGGAAGCCUAAGGGCAGUACUUUAAAGAGGUCCCGUGCACGUCUCAGUCCUCUGGUGCUGUUGCUAGACGGCUCUCUUGUUGGAGAGCUGGACACGGUGCAGAGAGCAGUGCAGGAGAUGAGUGACCCGAGCCAGCCAAACGACGAGGGCAUCACAGCCCUUCAUAAUGCUAUCUGUGGUGGGCAUUACGCUGUAGUGGAGUUCCUCGUACGCAUUGGUGCCAACGUCAGUGCCCCAGACAGCCACGGCUGGACGCCCCUGCACUGCGCUGCCUCCUGUAACGAUCGGGCCCUGUGUGAGUUUCUGGUUCGUAACGGUGCAGCCGUCAUGGCAGUGACUGAGAGUGACGGAGCCACGGCGGCGCAAAAGUGUGACCCAUAUGCUGUGGGUUAUGAAGAGUGUGAGAGCUUUCUCAGGGGAGUGGAAGAGGCAAUGGGUGUGGAGAACAGUGGUGUGCUCUAUGCCCUGUGGUCUUACCCAGCCCAGUCGCAAGAUGAGCUGAGCUUCAAGGAAGGAGACAUGGUAACCAUCCUGCAGAAACCUGAGGGUCUGGACUGGUGGUGGGCUUCACUCUGUGGACGAGAGGGCUUCGUCCCAAAUAACUACUUUGGGCUUUUCCCAAAGGUGCGUCCGAAAUCCCUGUGCUAGAGGUCAAUCUACAGUCCAAACUUCCCUCCUACAACUCAGUCACCAUUAUUUUUGUUUUUCUUUUUUUUUUGUAAUUAGUUCAUAUUUUUGAUUAUGCAAGAUAUAAAGGGCUUGGAAGUAAGAAGUCAUUUUUUAAAACACAAUCUAGAAUCAAAUCUAGCUUGAAUACGUUUUCACAUUGUAGUUAAAGGUUGCUUUUGACGUUUGGCAAAUACUUCCAAGCCCUGAUCAUGUCAGGCCAUAAAAUUCUACUUAUGAAUUAAUGAUAAAGAUUUAGAAUGCAGGGAUAUUCUAAUCAAGAAUGCUGACUUGUUCAUUUUGUGGUGUUUAGAGCUAUUAUACCUUCCUUGUACGUUGUAAAUAAGUGUGAUCUCACAAGUCAUUGUGGUUUACUUAUUAUUAUUAUAACGGUUAACAUACCAGUUACAAAUACUGAUUGGUCUGACAGUCUUGAUAUCGGUUUGCAUUACUUUUACUCCUAAAUGCCUGUGCAGGCUCGGGAAAACACUUUACAUGGUUAUAUUUUGACGUUAUUUUUUUGUAUGUAGUUCUAAAAACUACAGGGAAUGUAUCUAAUUCCAUUUAAGUGCCUCGUUAAGCCAAAAAUUGUAUUUCAGCUCCAUGUCCACAUAUAUAUUGUAUAACCAAAUAUACUUAUUAAAAACUGACAUUAUUCCUGGUGGCACGGUGGUUAGCACGGUCACCUUGCAACUCCAGGGGCCGGGUUUGAUUCCCGCCUCUGUAUGCAUGGAGUUUGCAUGUUCUCCCAGUGCUUGAUGGGUUUCCUCCAGGUGCUCUGGUUUUCCUCCAGAGUCUAAAUUUGUGCAGGUUAGGCUAAUUGGCAUUCCUACAUUGCCCAUAGUGUGUGUGAAUAGCUUCCCAUAACCCUGUAUACAGGAUAAAGUGGUAUGCCACAUUGGUGGCAAAUCAUCACUGAUUAAUUCAGUCACAUGUUUUCUUGGGUAGGUUUCUUCUUGUUAAUGUCAUAUUUGGUGUCAGGGGCUCAGUGGUUAAGGCAUUGGACAUGGUUCGGAAGGUCCCAGGUUCAAAUCCCAUGCCCACCAAGUUGUCCCUGUUGGGCCCUUGAGCAAGGUUCUCAACCCUCAAAUGUAUAAUGAGAUAAAAAUGUUGCUCUGGAUAAGGGCGUCUAUCAGAUGUGUAAUGUACUGGUGAAGUUGCAUCGGCAGGAGAAAUCACAGCUAUGUUUGGUCAUUUGUGAAAAGCCUGACUAUGAAUGACCACCACUGCCUUUGUAAACCCCAAUGUGACCUUUUUAAAAACUAGACCAAACAAUAAUAAUGAAAUAAAAAUAGCAACAAAAAAAUAACAUUCCCACAUUGUUUUGGUGUAAAUACAUGUAAAAUAUUUUUAUUUAGGCUACUUACUUCUCUUUGAUCGUCUUUUGUGAAUGUUUGACAAAAGCACCGUCUGACAGGUUUUCACACACCGCCACACGAACAAAGGUUGAAAUGAUUAUUAAUGUGAAGGGUUCCUUAAUGAAAGGCUCAGUGGCUGAAAUGCUAGAUACCUAAAAGUUUUGUGUUCAAAACUCAGGUUUAUGAAAGAGUCCUUAACUAAAACCUUUAAACUUUAGCUGCUGUCUUUGGAUUGAAUGAAUGGGUACAUGAUCAAAAUGAGAUCACAGCCAAGUAAAUGCACGUCAGUGCUCAGUUUGGCUAGGAAUUGGUUUAUUUAUCAUCUCAGUAUUGAUUAUUGAUGGGUGUGUGUGCAUGUGUGAGUGAGAGAGUGAUAUCAGUUGUGCAUUGGCGUCAUAUAAAUGAUCUGAUUUGUACGAAUUUGAGAUUUUGGUUUGUUAGAUUAACCACUCUUGUGACUAAAAACUUUUCUUUGUUAUCUCUUAUGUUAGUCAUUGUGAAAUGUUUAACACUUUAAGUGAAUAUCAAUCCUGUUACUUAGAAUGCUAUUUGAAUGUCAGCAUUUAUGCAUAGAAAUGCUUUAUCACAUUAAAUGCCAACACGCUCUGUGUGUAAGAAUGAACGUUGAUUUCCUUUGUUUAACCUUUUAGUUCUGGUUUAGUGUGACCCUGAUAUAGUAUUUAGUGCGGCAUGUCUGUUUUAGUGUUUGAGGAAUGUGUGUGUGUGUGCGUGCGUGUGUGCAUGUGUGUGUGUGUGUCUGUGUCUAGCUGGCACUGACUGUUACAGAAUAAAAGUAUACAUUUUGUAUUUUCUGUG